CCAACUGAGCUGAAGCCCUCAUCAACCUGACUUAAACAUCCAGCAAAAGCCCAGCAAAAGCCCAGCAAAAGCCCAGCAAAAGCCCAGCAAACGCCAAGAUGGUCUUCACCUUCCCCUCCGAUUUCGCUUCCCAGGACCCAAACUUCACCACCCUCUUCCGGCUCCUCGAUGACUUCGACGCUUACAACCGCGAAGCCUCAGGCGAGGAGUCUCAUCCCCGUCGCAUCCAACACGGCGGCGGCGGCCGUUGGGGUCGUAAGGGUCGGGGUCUCAAUCCGCGCUUCGACAUUCGCGAGACCAAAAAUGCCUACGAGCUGUACGGCGAGGUACCCGGUGCUGACAGGGAGGAUAUCCAUAUCGAGCUGACGGAGCCGAACACGCUUUUGAUCUAUGGGCGAGUUCACCGGGACUAUGAGGAGGAAGAAGGUGGCAAGAAGGAGGAUAAGGGAAAGGAGAAGGCCGAAGGCGAAGGCAGCACCGAGACGGGAGGGAAGAAGGGUGGGAAGCCGAAAGAGGACGCGCCGGUUCGUUUCUUCUUGCGGGAACGUCAGGUUGGGGAUUUUGCGCGCGAGUUUUCUUUCCCAGGGCCAUUGGCGGAGCUUGAUAUUGACGCGUCGCUCGAGAAGGGCAUACUUAAAGUCGUGGCGCCGAAGCAGCUGCCGUCCAAGGGGAAAAAGAUUGAGAUCAAGUGAUGGAAGUGGGAUAUGGAUAUUAGUUUGCUUUCCCAGGGCCAUUGCAGGAGUUUGAUAUUGAGGCCACACUCGAGAAUGAC